AUGAGUGAAGAUAUGGAAUUAAUUGUUUAUGAUGCUUUAAAAGAAAGACCAAUAUGUAAUAAUGUUAUAAAACAUCUUGAUUCAAUAAAUGAUAUUAAAAAUUUUGAAAAAACAUGGCCGUAUGUUACAAAUUAUGUAUUACAAUACAGAUUAAGUAAAAAUGUUAUUCUUCAAACACCAUCAUAUUUUAUAAGAAUAAUACCAAAUACAAAUAAUUUUCAAAAAAUUAAAAAGAAAAGAAGAUAUUGUAUUAAAAAAAUGUCAUAUCGUAUGCCAUUUUUACCAAAAUAUUAUGCUAAAGGAAAAAAUUUAAGAAAAAAUAAAAUAAUAAGAUAUAAAAAUGAAUUAAAAAUAAAAAAUGCAUCGUUUAUUAUUAAAACUGCUCAUACUGGAAAAUCAUAUAUAUCAUUAGAUGAAGAAAUUAAAAAUAUUUGUCAAUUUAAAGGAUCAUCUGUAGAAAGUAUAUCAAGAAUAAGAACAAGAAUUGAAGGUUAUUUUAUAGAUAAUUUACCAGAUAAUGAUAUACAAUUUAUGGGUAAUAUUAUUGCUACAUAUUAUAAUAUAAUUUUUCGUAUGUUUCCAAAUGCAAAAAUAUUAUUUAUUGAAAAUUAUGAUCAUAUUGGAAAGAAAGGACUUAUAUAUUAUAUUAUCAAAAAUUUGAACAAUAAAAAUAUAAAAGAAUUAAAAAAUAUACAUUUACUUGAUCUUUUUUAUUUUCUAAAUCGUCAUCCUGAAUAUAAUGCUAAUAUUUUUUGUCAUUUACAAAAUUUAAAUGUUAUACAUUUUGAUUUAAGUUACUAUCAUUAUAAUGGAGAUAUUGUUAUAUUGGAUAAAGGUUUAACAAUGUUUGAUAAUAUAAGAAAAAUUAAUAAAUGUCAAGUUGCUAUUAAUGGAAAAUAUUCAUAUGGAUUUAUUAAUAAUGUAAAAUAUCUUAUGAUGUGGGCUAUUAUAACAGGAAUUUUGGUUAAAUUUCCACCAUUUACAAAUCCUACCUAUUUUUUUUGUACUAAUGUUAGAAAUUUUAGAAUUGUUGGAACAUGUUAUUUAACAGAAUUUACUAUUUAUUAUAGAAAUGAAUUUAAAUGUUUAGGAUUUAUUAAUGCAUUAAAAUAUAUGAUAAAUUUAGAAAGUUUAGAACUUUAUACAGACAAAAGUUUUAUUAUUAAAAAUCAAUUUGAUUUUGAUUGGUUUUUUGAAACACAUAUUAAAUAUAUUUAUGAUAAUAAUAUUAAAAGUUCAUUAUUAUCUAAAAAAAUUAAAACUAUUAUAUUAAGAUCUGAUUUAGAUAUUAGAAAUGAUGAUGUUAAUAUUUAUACACGUUCUGCUAUGUUAUUUUUAUAUGAUAGUUUUUAUAAUUAUAUUCCUGAAUCAACAAUUAGAUUUACAAUUGAUUAUCUAGUUACUUUUUCUAAUGAAAGAGCUAAAUUUAUUAGUACAAAAGCACCAAAUAUUAAAUAUUUAUCUUUAUCAAAAUGUAUUAUUCUUGAUGAAAAUUGUCUUGAAAAUUUUAAAAAAUUAGAAUACUUUUGCUACAAAGGAAAUUAUAUGAUUAAAAUUCAAAAAAAUUUAAGAAUGCUUAUUUAUUUCCCAAAAUAUCAAACAAAAAAAAAUAUUACUAAUUUUUCCAGCAAAACUGUACGCAAAUUUUUGACAAAAGAAAGUGCCAUAUUGUACCAUUAUUUUUCAACACAAUUUAGAAGUUAUGUUAAUGUUUAUAAUUCUAUUAACUGGAAUUAUUUUGUUUUUUUUAAUGAUAAAGAAGAAUACUCAAAACAUUUAGAUAUUAUUAAAUUAACAAAAUGUGAAACAAAAACAAAAUAUAGAGAACGAUAA